AACUGUAAGUCGCUCUGGAUAAGAGCGUCUGCUAAAUGACUAAAAAUGUAAAUGUAAAUGUAUUUAGAAUGCAGGGGAUUUAAAUGCAUCUGGCUAAGAGCUGAGAUUUAGCUAGAUAUGCCCAUAAUUGAAGCCCUAUAUCACAGAACCACUUGCGGUCUGUUUUGAGCACUCAUGCACGCAUGAGAUGAGAUGUAGGAGUCAACUGCAAGACGAAAUAAAUAAAUACUGUUCCACCGACACAUCCUGAUGUAGUAUUUCUGCAGAAUAUUGAAUAUAAUGUAUAUUAGCCCCAGACUGCUAUAUUGUUGCACUAUUUAGAUAUUUUUGGCUCUCUCCAUACAUCACUGUUUGACCAUGUCCUCACAUGAUUCCAGGAAGCCCCUUUGUACUGUUAUGACUCGUCUGUAAAUCAUGUUCAGCAGUACAAUAGCCCCCUGCUCAGGAAGGAACAGGUUGUGAACUACUGUAAAUCUUCCUCAGCCUGGGGGCCUCUGAGCCUGGGAGCCAAUCAAUCCCUGGCAGUUCUCAGAAAAUUCCUAUAGGUUCCCAGGAAUCUAGUAUUGACAAACAGAGACAGAGCAAGGGUCUGAAACAUUACUUUACCUCACUGCAGCCAUGAACUCUUGACAGGAAAGUAGAAUGAGGGGAGUUCCUGUAUCUGUGCAGUAAUAAUUAAUGUAUUUUUUGUUCAACCCUCAGAGAUUUGAACUACAACAACCUGGCCAUGUUUCCCAUGGCCAUCAGAGCCCUCCCCAAUCUCAAAGAGCUGUGAAUCCCAUCACACCACAAAUCAAUGCCUUUAGCGCACACAAAAAAUCAUAUGUAAAGAAUAGCAUGUUUCAGUUGUACUAAAUCUUCAAUAUUUGCCCCCUAGGAGUUUCAAUAGCAACAAAAUCAGAUGCAUGCCUUCGUGGGAAACCCUUCCCUCGUCACAAUGGAUCUCUCCCAUAACCUGAUUCAGCAGCUUCCCAGCUUCAGUGCUUGCAGAAAAAUCCAGAAAACCGACCUCAGCUCCAACCUGCUGUCCUCCGUCUCCAUGGAGAGCCUGGAGGGCCUCACACACCUGAGACUGGCUGGUAACACACUGAGACACACACUGCUUGCCCAGAGGCUUCCUCAACUCAGGUAGGAGAAAGUUAAACUGGGGGUGGUUACAGCGGUUUACAGCAUGUAUAAAAGGUGCAGCGAAAUGUUUGUGCUAGCUCCCUCAACAAUGCAGUACAAUAAUCAAUAAGAACAAUAAAAAGAGUGAAGACAAAUAAAACAAGUAGUAUAAUUAUUAGAAUUAGGUAGUAUGCAUAGUAAUAAUGGACUGUAUUAACACUGUAUUUACAAAUAAAAGUGAGUAGUGGAACCAAUAGUAUACAGUGCCUUAAAAAAGUAUUCACACCCCUUUAUUUUUUCCACAUUUUGUUGCAUCACUGGCCUACACACAAUACCCCAUAAUGUUAAAGUGUAAUGAUGUUUUUAGAGAUUAUUAAAAAUGAAAAGCUGAAAUGUCUUGAGUCGAUACGUUUUCAACCCCUUUGUU